AUGGAUCAUGAUACCCAGACCUCCUGGACCGGCGAUAUCCAUGGCGACACCUCGGCCAUUGCGAGCGACGCCUUCAAGGCCGCCAAGACACACUUUGAGCAGAGCAGCAGCCUGAGUGACCAAGAAAAGAAGCUUCUGGGCGGUUCGUCCUCUAUCGAAGACGUGCAGCAAAUAGUGGCCAGCUUGGUAACCAAGUAUGAGUCCAAGAGCGACUCAUCAAAAACGCGAAGAUGGCUUCAAAGGACCUCGGAGACCAUCUGCCACUACGGAGCGGCCCUCGACGUAUUUGUUCAGCAAAAUCCCGAAUACGUCUCCCUGGUCUGGGGCACCUUCAAGCUGUUAUUUUCCAGCGUGGUAAACCAUGGCGAAACGCUCAAGCUGCUGGCCAAGGCCACAUCUCAGAUUGCGACGCGCCUCCCGCGGAUCAAGAUGCUGUCCAGGUUGUAUGCCACUCAACACAUGCGGGAGGCCAUCGAGAGUCUGUACUCGGCAAUCCUCGAAUUCCUUCUGACUGCCCACUCGUGGGUAGGCGAGUCCAAACUCCGACAUAUCUAUCACAGCCUCACACGGCCGCCUAAACUGCAGUACGCCAGCGUUCUCGACAAAAUCGUUGACUGCUCAAACAACAUUUUUGAACUAGCUACUCUUGGCUCACAGGUGGAGGUCCGUGCUAUGCAUGCAUCGCAAGCUCAAAAACUAGAUGGCAUCCUGUCGGCCCAGCAUGCCGCAAAGAGAGAGCGAUCCAGUCAUCAGGACGGCCUCGCCCAGAUUGCUUCGCGAAUGGAGAUCUCGGGCAGGAACCACGAGAAUAAGUUGGAUCUGAUCGUAUCGCUGCUGGGGGCACAUAGUCUAGACCUCGAGCAGCUUUUGCUAAAGGCAGAAGCGAUCCGUAGUCUCCAGACAAGCGCCCAGCUCGACACCAACCAGCAGCUCUCUGGGCCCCAGCUGGAACAGAUCCUGACCGCACUCUCCCCAGCCUUUGCGGAUCCCGAGCAAGCCUACAAGCACCACCUCCUCCUGCGCAAGCGGAGGGCAUCAGGCAUGGGCACCAGGACCUCCACCAACCCGUUCUGGCUCUCCCCAACGCUGGCGCAGUGGUCGUCUAGCCGAGGCUCGUCUCUGGCCGUCAUCAAGGGCGCCUUCAGCUCGCGCCCGGCCAUCCUAGACUUUGGCACCAGCGUGAUCCAGAGCUUGUCCGCCUCGGCCACGCCCACGCUGUGGGUCUUGCCGGGCGCCGGGAAGCCGGCGUCCGGCUCCGGCAUGCUCACGCCGACGGACCUGAUGAAAUACCUCACUUACCAGGCACUGCGGCUGAGCAGCCGGGCGCGCGCCGCCGCCCCGACGGAAGCGCACAUGGCCCUGCGCCACUCGCACUUUUGCGCGGCCGCGACGGCAGAGGAGUGGUUCGGCGUAUUUGAGCGGGUCAUUUCGAGCAUCCCUGGGGAGCGGGUCUGUCUCGUCGUGGACAUGGCGGCAGUGUGCAACGAGUUGGCGCCGGGCACGACACCAGGGGCAUUCAACUUCAUCCAAGAGCUGCAUUCACGCAUGGUGAGAAGUCAAGACGACGGUGCGUCGAGACGCGGAAAGACGAGGGUCAAGGUGGUUCUUCUUGUCUAUGAAGCCAGUGGGUCUGGCCAGCUGCCGAAGGGGGUCUCGGAUUUCGUCGUCCCAGUCAAAGUAACAAGGUCCAAGGCGCCGAGGGCUAGCAGGGGGAGGUUGAGGGGUGGUAGGCGGUGCUGA